CUGAUCCCGAUCCAGAUGCAGACUCCGGUCCAGGUUUUGUGUGUCUCUCCUUCCUCCCUGAUGGUGUUCAGACUGACUGCAGCAGCUCACACUCACUCUCAGCUCCCAUUGAACAGCAGUGGACACAUUCAGACCCACUGGAACUACUGUUGUUGUUGUUGUUGUUGUUGUUGCUGUUGUGUUGGAGCCUCUGACUUUGCAGGCAUGUUACCAAAAACUCGUCUGGGGAAGCGUUCUCCACUUGGUGCGUUGGUGAGCUCCACCUGUCCGGCAGCAGGAACACACAUGCACCCGGAGACAGGUGAGACAGGCGUCAUCAUGGCAACAGCAGCAGGACAACAGCCCUUCAACAGAGUCAAAGCUCAUCCUGGACUGAAGGUGUAUUUUCAGUGUGGACGAGCAGGUGAAUCUCCAGGUGCAGUGGAUCAGCUGGACCUCAUGCAGAGCAACGUCUCCUAUGUGCCUCCGUCUGGCUGCAGAUCUGUCUCCUCCUGCAUCGACGUCCCCAGGAGUCAGAGGAGUCCACAGGAGGUGGACAUGGACGAAUUGAUGGCAGCGAUGGUUCUCAGCAGUUUGUCCUGUAGUCCUCUGCUGCACAGUCCCACAAACCCAGACACGACAGCUCCUCCCAUGGACUGUGGCGGUGGUGAGCUCUCCGACAGUGGCAGCAGUGGCUACUGGAGCGUUGGCCGUGCCAAUGGAAGCCCCGCCCCCUCUCCUCCGAUCGCAGAGCCAGACGUCAGCCCCGCCUCGCCCCCUGACGAAGGGCUGGACAUGGAGCUGGAGCAGGUGUUGUUCGAUGAGCCGGCGCCACGGAAACGCAGGAACUCAGUGAAGGUGGCCUACAAGUGUCUGUGGCCCACCUGUGGGAAGGUGCUGACAUCGGUGGUGGGGAUCAAACGACACAUCAGGACGACACACCUGUGCCGCGGCGGCGAACAUGAGCGCUGUUCUCGUAGCGAGGAGGAUUUUUACUACACCGAGAUCACGCAGAAGGACCAUCAUCAUCAGCACCAGUCUCCUCCACAUCCUCUGCCCCCCUCCCCCGCCCGCUCCUCCCCCUCCCCUCCACCCUGCCCUCCCCCUCCCUCCCCUCCAUCUCCAACCUGUGGCGCCCUGAGUCGCUCCGCCCCCUCCUCCUCCGACAGCUUCCUGCAGGUCCAAUCAGAGCACUCCUACCAGGCUCCUCCCCCCACCCAUGUGGUCUCCACAGCAGUGCCCAGCACAGCUUCCUGUCGUUGGACGGCCCCGCCCACCACCUGCCACAGCAGACAGGGUUUGUCGUUUCGGGUGCGUUCAGUCAGCGUAGGAGAGCAGUGGCUGCAGCAUCAGAGCUCCCCCUGCAGGAGGAUCCGUGGUGAAGCCAAGAAGUGUCGUAAAGUUUACGGCAUCGAGCACAGAGAUCAGUGGUGCACGGCCUGUCGCUGGAAGAAAGCCUGCCAGCGCUUCCUUGACUGAACAGAGGAGGAAGAGGACAAACAGAGAAGGACUGUUAGUGACAAGCUGCGGUUCACCUGGUGGAUGUUUUAUACUUUCUUAUACCUGAAACCAGAAAUAUUUUUUGUUUUUUGCUUUUAUAAUCUUUCUACAUUUGCUAGAAGCAUUUUUUUAUUGCUGAAUGUGUAUUUUGUAGCUGUUGUCAUCAGAUGUUUCCUGUGUCCUGUUGGUGCUUUAUGAUGAAAUGAUUUGAGGCAGCUAUGACGUGACCUUUGACCUGGUCACCUGGUGACCUGAGGGAGUUUUUUUCUCCUCAGGUGACUUUAACAAAACCAGCGUUUGUCAGGAUCAACAUGAACCAGUUAAUCAGCUGCUUGAUGUAAACACUCAGACCUGAUUUGUAUAGGCUGAAGUGCGUUCAAGGACUCAGAGUUAGUUCAUAUUCAUUUGAUGAAAGUCUUCCCUAGUAAACAUGAGAGUAGACAAAAACAGUUUUAUCACCUCAACCAUAUGUAAAUAUUUCCCUGCCGAGCUCAGAGCUAAUUCUAAUGCUAAUGCUAGCAGGCUACACACAGAAGAAAAGACUAUAAAUCCAGAGUCAGUGAAGGAUCAAUGCAAGAUACAAGACAUUAAAGAUAUUGGUGCUAAAGAGGAACUGACUCAGGAUCAGCUUCAGCCCCUGACACACCAAACCAGUCGUCGGGCUCAGUCAAAGCUGCUGAGUACAAAACACUAUCCAGUCUUUGGAGUUUGGGACUAAAACUCAGAAAAUCUUAAUUAUUUUGAUCAUUAUUUUUUUUAAAUCUGUGUCAUCACAAGAGUUUAUCUAACUAAAUCACUGCAGAUAUACUCUCUGGUUAUAUUCUAACGUGACAGUUUAUUUUGUUAAAAGUUAAAAGGACAGUAAAGCAGACACUUAUUAUAAGCAGUGUGUAAAAAACUGGUUUCUAGCAGAUGAUAAUGCAGCUUUAAUCAGUGUUUAUUGACGUGUGCUCUAGCUGUUCCUGCUGAGACUCAGGCUGCUGUAUAAACAGAUAAUGAACAAUAACACAGUAAAACAGUUUCACAGGAUUAAUAAUGUUAAAUAAGUAAAGUAUUACCAAUUAUUCAAAUAAAACAAGAAAAAUAAAUCACUCUGGAGCAAAAAGUGACCAGUUUUAGUCCUGGAUGUUUGAGAAUCACUACAGCAGACUGUUGUCUUCUGUGGUGCAUUCAAGUGCAGCUCUGCUACAUGUAGCAUUUGAUCAGUCAGCCUCUGUGUUCUCAUCAGUGUUGGUGUGUCAGGACUGGUAAACUGCAAUAACUCAGUGAGUUUAAUUUUAAAGCCAUGAAUCAUUUCAUCAGAUGAGGAGUCAGAUCAUUGCUGUCGUUAAGAGAUAAUCACUGUAAAUAUCUCCAUCACUCUGUUCCUCUCUUUUCAUUUCCCAUCAGCCCUUUCUUCACCUCAGCUUCAGUUCAGUUUGGAAAUAAAAGCCAUUUCCACUCCUCUCUAAUGAAACCACAUGCAGUAUUCAUCUGUUUAAUUACAAAUAAAAAACAUGUUUUACACUGAAAUACAUUUAUAUAAUAUCUACGUUUUCCUGGUGUGUGUAUAUACAGAUAUAUACUGGGCCCAUAUAUUCAAUAAUGUCUGUUCCUGAAUCCUUUACUUCUGUUGCAGAAACAGGUUUAUUUGCAGUAAACAGAAACAAAGUUCUGUAUUUAAAUGUCACUCUGUGUCCUGUUUGUUUAAGAGCAAAAAACAUUAAAUGUUGAUCAUUGUAAUCGUAUCAUUUUUAAGAUGCACUCUUUUAUAAAUGAUGUGAAAUCCUGAUGUUGUUAUAAUAAACUGGAAAAGAUGAUCGAUUUGA